AUGUCCUCUCGGCCUCCCUCGACCACUCGAUCCUCACCACAGCCGACAAAUAUACCACUGCCAGAGGAUGACCAGCCCGAAGCAGGACCGUCAACCGCUUCUUCCCUGAAAUCAAGAGGAUCGUCGAUACCUUCUGUGUCGUCAAGGAAGGGCAAAGAAAGGGCUUCAAUAGAGUAUGAAGGUGGAUCUGACGAUGAAUCUGAAGAUGAGGUCUCUCAAGACCAGGAAUCUGAAGAUGAUGAUCUGGAAUCUGAUGAAGAUGACAAUGGUGGAUCAGAUGUUGAGAAAGGAGCAGAUGUUGAAAUGGGAGGACCGACAGACCAAGAAAACGACACCACCCCUACAGACGGGGAGCAGACUAUAGACGAUACUGACGAUGAAGAUGACGACGAUGACGAAGAAGAAGAACCAGCACUCAAAUAUAGUCGUUUGAAAGGUCGUAUACCGGAGAUAUUAGCUAAAGAUUCAGCUUCGACUAUAGCAGUCUCACCUAGGGUGAUAGCGCUAGGAACUCAUAACGGAAUGGUCCACAUUUUGACGUAUGAAGGCGCAAAAGUGAAUUCGUUUCGACCCCAUGCAGCUAGUGUAACCUGUCUGAAGAUGGAUGAGGAGAAUGAUUUCGUUGCUACUUCAAGUGUUGAAGGUCGAGUAGUAAUACAUUCCCUUACAUCGACCGAAUCUUACGCGUUUGACUAUAAACGCCCCAUGAGGGCGAUCGCACUAGAACCAGGAUUUGCAAAGAAGAAUACUCGUGCUUUUGUUUGCGGUGGCAUGGCUGGGAAUUUGAUCUUACAGGAAAAGGGUUGGUUGGGUUACAAAGAACAAAUAUUGCAUUCUGGAGAAGGACCUAUCUGGGCGAUAGAGUGGAGAGGGAAUUUGAUUGCUUGGGCUAAUGAUUUGGGAGUCAAAAUAUACGAUACUACCACUUCUCAACGAAUAGGAUACAUUGACCGAGGGGCACAUGCACCUAGAGCAGAACUGUUUAAAUGUACUCUGCAAUGGAAAGAUGAUCACACUCUUGUCAUUGGCUGGGCCGAUCAUAUAAAGAUCGUUCGAAUCCGCAAUCGAGCGAAAUCACAAACUACCAAUGGACUUCCGCCACUCACAGUAGAAAUGACAGCUAUUUACCAAGUCGACUGUAUGAUAUCUGGUUUAGCUCAAUACAACUCUUCUUAUGUGGUCCUCGCUUAUAUAGCACCUGAUACGUACGAGAAUGAAGCUACAGAUAAUCCAGCUGAACAAAGAAGGAAAGCCGCAAAUCGACCGGAACUACGCCUUAUUGAUAAAGGAGAAGAAGUGAAUGCCGACGCUUUGAGUCUGGCAAAUUAUUUCAUGUACGGAUGUAAUGAUUACUCAUUAGUAAAAUCUCAAAGGGAAAAUGAAGAUGUCUUCUUCGUUGUUUCACCAGCGGAUGUCAUUGUCGUUAGACCUAGAGAUGAGAUAGAUCAUAUAGAUUGGUUGGUUGAGAGAGAACGUUACGCAGAGGCCUUAGAAUCGGCUGAAGAAUUGAGGAAGAGACAUGGGAACGCUUUAGAUGUGAAAGCCAUCGGUUUGAAAUAUAUGAAUCACCUUUUAUCCCAAGGUCAUUUCGAUCAAACUGCUUCUCUUGCACCCAAGGUCUUGGGGGGUGACUCCGAAUCCUGGGAGAAAUGGAUAUACAUAUUUGUACAACAUCAUCAACUGCCUGCCAUCAUCCCGUUCAUACCUACACGAGACCCUCAACUUGGUAAACCUGUAUAUGAGAUGGUGUAUGGUCAUCUACUUGUCAAUGACAGGCAAGAACUGCUCAAAACGAUUACCUCCUGGCCCAGCGACAUAUAUGAUAUCAAUACAGUGAUGGGAGCUGUCCAAGGUGAACUAGCAGCUUCAAGGGAUGACCCUGUACUCCUGGAAUGUUUAGCAGAAUUACAUCUCCUCAACCGGCAACCAGCCAAAGCACUUCCGUAUUUCCUUCGUCUUCGUCGACCCCACGUCUUCGAUUUGAUCCGAGAACACAAUCUGUUCACAGCAGUGCAAGAUCAAGCGCUACUUCUGGUGCAAUUUGACCAAGAAAGACAAGUGGAUAAAGAAGAAGUACAAGGUGACAAGAGUAAACACGGGGCAGCAAUUGAGCUGCUAGUGGAUCACACUCAUUCUAUACCUAUCGACAGAGUGGUCUUACAGUUAGAAGAGAAGCCCAAAUACUUAUACAUGUACCUCGAUGCGCUAUUUGACAAAGACCCACAAUAUUGUUUGCCAUAUAGUGACAGGAUGGUUGAAUUGUAUGCGGCUUUCGAUCUCAAGAGGUUGAUGCCUUUCUUGAGGGCAAGCAACUUCUACGACCUUGAAAAAGCAUACGAGAUUUGCAAAGAACGUGAUCUGGUGACCGAGAUGGUGUUCUUACUGGGCAGAAUGGGCAACAACAAGAAGGCUUUGAUGUUGAUCAUCGAGAGAUUAGGGGAUGUACAGAGAGCAAUCGACUUUGCCAAAGAGCAAUCUGAUGAAGAUCUAUGGGAAGACCUUCUCACCUAUUCUGAGACUAGACCUUCUUUCAUUCGAGCAUUGCUCGAACACGUGGGAGCGGAAAUCAACCCCAUCAGACUAAUAAGUAGGAUCAGAGAUGGAUUGGAGAUACCAGGUCUGAAAGAAGGUGUAGUCAGAGUUUUGAUGGGGAUGAAUUUGCAGGUCUCUUUGUUGGAAGGAUGUCAGCAUAUCUUGAAUGGAGACUGUAGUAAUUUGGCUUCGGAACUCCAAGCUGCUCAAGUGGGAAGUAUCAGAUGUUCUCCCUCUUCAACCUGUACGAUAUGCCAAUUACCUCUGUUCCUCCCAUCACAAAAAUACCCUUCUCAAACACUCGUUUUGAUUUAUCUAUGUCAACAUUUCGUCCAUGCCACUUGUGCUUUACCUGAGGAUGUUGAACUUCCUCAAAGACAAGAGAAUGCUUCUGUAACCUACCUCUUGUCUGAAUCCAAGAAUGGAAGUCAAGGUUGGAAAAGUAGAGCGUUAGGUGGAAAAUUAGGUUAUGCUGCUGCCGUAAGGGUUAGAGUUGGAAGAUGUCCUGUUUGUAUCAAAGGAGGAAAGGUCGGAUGA